CCCCUCCUUCCCCUCCCCCCGCCCGUCCUCCGGCCAAGAUGUCUGACAUGGAGGAUGAUUUCAUGUGCGAUGAUGAAGAGGACUAUGACCUGGAAUACUCUGAAGAUAGUAACUCUGAGCCAAAUGUGGAUCUGGAAAAUCAGUACUACAAUUCCAAAGCAUUAAAGGAGGAUGAUCCCAAAGCAGCAUUGAGCAGUUUUCAGAAGGUUUUGGAGCUUGAAGGUGAAAAAGGAGAAUGGGGAUUCAAAGCACUGAAACAGAUGAUUAAAAUAAACUUCAAAUUGACUAACUUUCCUGAAAUGAUGAACAGAUAUAAACAGCUAUUGACCUACAUAAGGAGUGCAGUUACAAGGAAUUACUCUGAAAAAUCCAUCAAUUCUAUUCUUGAUUAUAUCUCCACUUCCAAACAGAAUUCUGAUUUUUUAUGCCAGAUGGAUUUGCUUCAGGAAUUUUAUGAAACAACACUUGAAGCUCUGAAAGAUGCUAAGAAUGAUAGAUUGUGGUUUAAGACAAACACAAAGCUUGGCAAAUUAUAUUUAGAACGAGAAGAAUAUGGAAAAUUACAGAAGAUUUUGCGCCAGUUGCAUCAGUCAUGCCAGACUGAUGAUGGAGAAGAUGAUUUAAAAAAGGGCACCCAGUUACUGGAAAUCUAUGCAUUGGAAAUUCAAAUGUAUACAGCACAGAAAAAUAACAAAAAACUUAAAGCACUAUAUGAACAGUCACUGCACAUCAAGUCUGCCAUUCCUCAUCCACUGAUCAUGGGGGUCAUCAGAGAAUGUGGAGGAAAAAUGCACUUAAGGGAAGGAGAAUUUGAAAAGGCACACACUGACUUUUUUGAAGCAUUCAAGAAUUAUGAUGAAUCAGGGAGUCCUAGAAGAACCACUUGCUUGAAAUAUUUGGUCCUAGCAAACAUGCUGAUGAAGUCCGGAAUAAAUCCAUUUGACUCUCAGGAGGCUAAACCAUACAAAAAUGAUCCAGAGAUUCUAGCAAUGACAAAUUUAGUAAGUGCCUAUCAGAAUAAUGACAUCGCUGAAUUUGAGAAGAUUCUGAAAACAAAUCACAGCAACAUCAUGGACGAUCCCUUCAUAAGGGAGCACAUUGAAGAGCUUUUGCGAAACAUCAGAACACAAGUGCUUAUAAAAUUAAUUAAGCCUUAUACAAGAAUACAUAUUCCUUUUAUUUCUAAGGAAUUAAACAUAGAUGUAGCUGACGUGGAGAGCUUGCUUGUGCAGUGCAUAUUGGAUAACACUAUUCAUGGCCGAAUUGAUCAAGUCAACCAGCUCCUUGAACUGGAUCAUCAGAAGAGGGGUGGUGCACGAUAUACUGCAUUAGAUAAAUGGACCAACCAACUAAAUUCUCUCAACCAGGCUGUAGUCAGCAAGCUGGCUUAACAGAAAAUAAGCUUUUACAAAACGUACUUAAGGCAACAGUGCAGUGAUGUAAACCUUAAAAGAACUGGGAAUGGCAAAACUACUGUCGGUUGAUGUGCCCUGAAAUUAUUGGAGUUAUGGCAGAAGUGCUUUUUUGAUCAGCUGGUUUGUGUUUUGCUGCUGCAUUUAUCCCAAGAAAAACAGCUUUAAUCUCCAGAAGAAAACCAAAAUGCCAUGGGAUUUAUGCUGUAUUGACAUCUCGCCCUAAACAUACAACAUGAUAAUAAUUUGUCAAGGGCAACUAAUGACCAGAGAGAAGAUUUUUUUUGUCAUGAUUUUAAAUACACUGACACGUUACUGUUGGUUAAAUUUAAACAUGUUUUACCUGCAGAAAUUCUCUCACAGAAAUAACCUGCAAUAACUUGAAAUGCAUACCCUUUUGAACACUUCCUUUUCUCAUGUAUAAAUUGAAAUGUUUGCUGCAUUUUUCAAAAUGUCAAUUCUCCAAAAAUGUGUCCGUAUAUUUCUGUACCUGCAGCGUAGUAAAGGUUUAGAGGAAACCCCGUAAUUAUAGUGGCAUACUGUCACUUAGGUUUCAAGCAGCAAAAUAAACAGUGCAGUUCAGAAAUUGUACAGUUUGUUUCUUGAUGUGUUUUCAUUACAUUUUGUUUUUUAGAAAAGUAGGUAAGUGAGUAUUUCUCACCUCUGAUACUGAGAACAUUUUGGAGAUUAAAUCUUAACCUUGGUGCAUGCUUUUGGUUUAUUUCUUACCAUAUUUAUGUACAGAUAGUAUAGAGAUUUAAGAACUGAUAUCUAUCAGUCUUGCUGAUUUCAAGGCUUUAUUUUGAGAGGUACAGGGAUCUUGCAAUUCCAGUGGUAGUCAAUGGUGGUAGAGGGUCUGCACUUCUGAGUAUCAGGUCCUCAUUUUGAUCUCGGUAUUUCAAAUAAAUGUUUGGUAGGAAAUGGCUUGGGGGGAAUUCAGACCACCAUGGCUGACUUUAAGUUUGUGCCUUGUUAAACUAGAUUUAUGUUCUGACUUGGUUCUGAAUUUAACUGUAAUACGUUAUCUAAGUAGAAUACCAAUAUUUGGGAGUGAUACUGAGAUUUCUGCUGUAUGGGUAUAGAAUAGUGCUUUGCGCAGUGAUAGGGGAGAUGGAGUCCAUGCAGUCCCUUCAUAGCCACUAUUCAAGCUCUGACAGAGCAUAACAAAAUUCUCCCCUCCAGGAGUUCUGGGCCGCUGGAUCUAUUUAACUAUGGAUCUGUAGUGUCCUCCAAUGAGUUCACUGCAACAGCUCUCUCUCUGCCAGCCUGUAUAAUGCCAGAACAGAACCCCUCCAGCAACCCACAGGGAAGGGAUGUGGAAACCUUCCUGUGUGGCCACUUUGUCCACUCUUCCACUCACUCCAUUCAAGACAGAUGCAUGGUUUAAAUGAUACAAAGGGCAAUGCCAGGCACGGUUCUCAUAGGAUGAAUAUAUUCUUAAAGCAAAAAACACCCAAAGACAUUUAAGAAUAAAAGUGAAACAAUUUAAACUCUCUUCAAACAUAAUGGAGAGUAACAAAUAGCAAAUGCUGUGUCGCUUUCUGUGAGAGGAGAGGCAGGGGAGCGAGAUACCUGCAAGUAAAUCAAAUGUUGUAGGACAGCUUGUGAAUGACAGAGUUGAAAGAAAAAGAUCUGAAACUGUACUAUCUAAAAUUUAACCUCACGGACUUGAGCAGCAAGGCCUCUUGCUGAACUGCUGGAAGUUUUAAAGGCUAUAGGGAAAAGGUUUAUUUUUGUGUGUAUAAUAUAGUAUUUUAUCAUAUAUUAGAUUUUCUGGAAUGCAAUUCUCUGUCCAGAGUCUUAUUGAAACAAUAAGCUAAUGCUAAGUAUUACAUUGAGAUUGUUAAAUUUAGGUAAACUGAAAUUAAAUCCUUAGUCUGGGGAGUAAAACAUUGAAGGUGCAUUCUUAUGUUCUUUUCUCUCUAUUGAUAUGAAUACUCUUUGUUACCUUUAACAGAUACCUGAAUUACAUACAAAAAAUGUAUUAAGCAAAGCACCUAUACUAUCUAGAGAUUGAAAAGCUAAUUGUGCUCUUUAACAGAACAAAAAAUGAAAUGGCUCUUACAGUUGCCUGUUUUUUAGAAGAUUGAUAAAAAUAGUACUCUGUGCCUAACGUGAGCAGAUAGAGCAUUCAGACAGGAGACUGAAAAGGAUUUGGA